CAGCUGUCCAGGGACAGAGCACGGGACUGUGGUGGGAGAGGAGCAGCAGCAGCAUCAUCAUCCUGCCGGUGCCACCCUGGACUCCCUGCCCGGUGCCAUGAUUAGGAAGGAGAUCUCCAGAUCAUACCAGGAGUUAAGUGAAGAGUUAGAACAACCUCCGGUGGAUGAUGAGACUCCUGAGGAUUUGGAUGAAGAACAGGAAGACCCGGAGGAUCCCAACUCCGAUACUCUGCCAGAACGAGACUUCGACAGGAGCGGCCCCUCCAGACGCUUCAGCAGGACCUGCCUGAAGAACGUGUUCUCGGUGCUGCUGAUCUUCGUCUAUCUGAUGCUCAUGGCCGUCGCCGUCUUCCUGGUCUAUCAGACCAUAACAGACUUCAGGGAUAAGCUAAGACACCCAGUCAUGUCCGUCUCCUACAAAGAGGUGGACGUGUACGAGGCCCCAGGUGAGUGCGCACUCAUGUGUUCGUCUUCACAGCCUGGAAUCCGUGUAGUAGAAUGAAGGGUUAAUGGCGGCGUCAUUGCAG